GGAGCGAUAUCUUUAUUAACCCGUAUCGUUCGCAAGAGGGACGACACUAACGCCGUAGGCAAUCAACACGAUCCUUCCAAGAGUAUUAACAACUUGACAUUGAGCACACGCGAUCACAUAAAAACAUUAAACCGAUAUCCAAAAUUUCUUGAUUUUACACGUUUUAUGAAAAAGUACCGAGAUUCAUGACAAUAAUGUGUAAUAAAAUAUUAUCGGUGUCUUUAGUAUUAUCGUUUGUCGUGAUGAGAAGUGAAUCUCAGAUCAGCAAAAAUGAAAUGUUCAUGUCCACGCCUAAACUGAUAGCAUCCAACGACUAUCCGGUCGAGCGACACCAGGUGACGACUCGUGACGACUAUAUUCUACAGAUGCACAGGAUCCCGGCCGGUAGACGGUCGCCUAGAAAAACUGCUGAUCAGCAAAGUAAAGGCAAAAAUGCAUUGUUAUUAAUCCAUGGACUUUUUGGUAGCAGUGGAGAUUUCAUUACGAUGGGUAGAAAAAAAAGUUUAGGUUAUAUGUUGGCUGAUGCCGGUUUCGACGUGUGGCUGGGUAAUCUGAGAGGGAACUACUACACAGGUCACACAACACUGAAUAGAAGCGAUCCAAGAUUUUGGGAAUUUAGCUUCGAAGAGCAUGGUAAAUACGACGCACCAGCCAUGAUAGACAAAGUCCUUAACGUGACAGGCCACCAGAAGAUAAUAUACAUAGGAUAUUCUAUGGGAACAACCACCUUCUUCACGUUCAUGUCCUCACAUCCAGAAUACAAAAGCAAAAUCGUAUCUUUCAUUGCUCUGGCCCCUGCCGUAUAUCUGGACAACGUCAAGCCACUGGCGACUAUGUUUUUGAAGAAUAUGAACAUACCCGAUAUAAUGCGAUCGAGAGGAUUUAUAUCAGCAACAUUCGAACCAGAAUUCAAAAAGUUCUUAGGAACUUUAUGCAACUUUAGGAACCCAAAGACUGAUGUGUGCUCGUCGCUUAUAAACCUUGUAGUCGGAGAAGACAAUGAACAGACCGAUCCGGACGUAAGGUAUAUGUUGGUGGCAAGAAUGGAGCCGGCCUCUUGGAGACAGAUCGAGCAUUAUGGGAAAAUAGCUUUGACAGGAGAAUUUACGUCAUGGGAAGAUGGUCUGUGGGGAGCGGUGAAGCCAUACAAUCUAUCAAACGUGCAAGUACCAGUAACACUAAUAUUAGGUGAAAAUGAUCAGCUAACUGAACGAGCUCAAAUAAUGCGUUUGGCCGAGAAACUCAACAGAACAACAUCAGUACAUCUUAAAAGCUGUAUAUGGCCUAAAUUUAAUCACCUAGAUUUUAACUUUGCCAUCGAUGUUGAUAAACUAGUCAACAAACCAUUAAUAAAACAUAUCAAUAUCUUAUUUAAUAAAUAUGCUUAUAAUUAA